AUGACUAGCUUCUCUCGUCUCAUUCGCUUUCUAGCUACAGAUGGUCACAUUUACUAUGGCGAUGCCAUCAUGCCCACUGGUACCAGUGACAUUGGAAAGGUGACUAGGGCACAGGUGAUUCAAGGGGACAUUUUUGGCCAGCACCAAGUCACAGACCAAGUCGCUGAUGUUAAAAAGCUCCUCGCACCACUGGCGAGGGAGGACAUUGUAACGGUGCGUUGUUUGGGAUUGAACUAUGAGAAACAUGCGCGAGAAUCCAACCUCCCCAUCCCUAAAUAUCCGGUCCUCUUCUACAAGCCCAUCACAGCCAUUACUGGUCCUCAUGAUGAUAUCCCCGUAUGUUCUAUGGCGCAAGACGGGGAGGGCCUGGACUAUGAAUGCGAGUUAGUUGUCGUCAUUGGCAAGGAAGCCAAGGAUAUUCCGGAGAAGCAAGCUUUGGAUUAUGUACUCGGGUAUGCUGUCGGAAACGAUAUUUCCCAUCGUGAGUGGCAACUCAAACGCGGCGGAGGACAAUGGGGUUUGGGCAAAGGCUUCGAUGGUUGGGCACCUUUUGGACCAGGCAUCGUCUCUACAAAGCUGAUCCGCGAUCCCAACGCCUUGAAUAUCUCAACUAAAGUCAACGGUCAAACAGUCCAGUCAUCAUCAACCAAAGAUAUGAUAUUCGGGGUCGCCCAGACGGUAUCAUUUCUCUCUCAAGGCACCACUCUGCUACCUGGUGACCUAAUCUUCACGGGAACGCCACAGGGUGUUGGGAUGGGCCGGAAACCUGCAGCUUGGCUUACAAAUGGCGAUCAGGUAGAGGUCUCAUUGGAAGAUGUGGGUUCAUGCGUUAACCGAGUCGCCUUUGAAAAGCCAUCAUCCAAGCUAUGA